UGAUCACUCACACCCUCUCUUCUCUUUCUCUUCCUUUGUUUGUUUUAGCCUUCUCUCUUAUCUUAUUUUAUGUUAUUUUAAGGAGUGUUUCUGUUUCUGUUGUGUUGUCAUUUAUUGAAAGAGUUUAUUUUAAAGAAAUUCGAAGGAGAUGAAAAGUGAAUAUGACGAAGGGAAGGGUGGAGGGAGUAACAAUAGCAUGUUCGCUAAGCUCCACCAACAACAGAAGCUUCAUCAGCUGCACCACCACCAACACCACCACGUGGUCACCCCAGAAUGUCACCAUCCCUCCUCACACCAACCGCAAUAUCAAACUUCGGAAGAUGACGAGAGCCGAAGCAGCGGUGGUGGUGGUGGCGGCGCCACCACUAGAGCCAUCGUGAACCACCACUCUUCUGAAGUCACCACCAUCACCCCCAAAGGCGACGGAGCUACCAUCGAAGUUGUUAGACGACCCCGAGGUCGUCCCCCAGGGUCUAAGAACAAACCCAAACCACCAGUCUUCAUCACACGCGACACCACCGACUCCAACGCCAUGCGCCCACAUGUCCUUGAAGUUCCUGGUGGCCUUGACGUCGUCGACGCCCUCGCACGCUUUGUCCAUCGCCGGAAUAUUGGCCUCUGCGUAUUGACCAGUUCCGGUACCGUUGCUAACGUUACCCUCCGCCAGCCAUCCGCCACUCCUGGAGCUACCGUCACCUUUCAUGGUCGCUUUGAUAUUCUCUCCAUGUCGGCUACUUUGCUUCCACCGGCUUCGUCUUCAAUACCCUCUUCUGCUAAUGCCUUCAGUAUCUCACUCGCUGGUCCGUCUGGGCAGAUCGUUGGAGGGUCAGUUGCUGGGUCUCUGCUCGCCGCUGGAACUGUUUAUAUCGUCGCUGCGGGAUUUAGUAUUCCUUCUUAUCACCGGUUGUCUACAGAAGAUGAGUUGCAGAGUCCGCUUUCGGGUAAAGCAGAUCAAUCUCCGUCUGGUUCUGGUGGUGGUGGCGAGGGAAGCCAUGACCACCCAGGUCCACUGCCUGUUCCGGCGGAAUCAUGUGGGGUGUCAAUUUACAGCUGCCAUCUGCCUUCCGAUGUGAUUUGGGCUCCAACCGCGAGACAACCACCACCACCACCUCACUUUUGAAUGAAUCUUUUUACCAAUUUGGACCCCUUU